AUGUUAUGCAAUGUAUUUGAUUCUUUCUUUUCUUUUAUUUUCUUUCUUCUUUAUGAACUUUUGAUGAUAUUUUUUAUAGCGUUUCUUUCAUUUAAUCUUUUAUGCCUUAACUUCCUUCGUUUGCUUCCUUCGUUUUUCAUCUCAACAUCUCUUUCUUUCUUCUACGUCGCAUUUCCCUUUCUUUACUACUUAUUUCCUACCAAUUCCGUCCAUCAUUUCUGGGUUCUAAUAACCCUUUUUUUUUCUUUAAUCACUUUUCCUCUCCAUUUUUGUUUUCUUAAUUUCUUUUUUUCUCUCGCCAAUAAAACUUUCCUCAUUUAUCUCAUAUUUCUUAUAUUCGUCUUUCUUUGCACAUUUUCUUUCUUUCUUUUUCUUACUUUCUUUCUUUCUUUCUUUUUCUUACUUUCUUUCUUUCUUUCUUUUUCUUACUUUCUUUCUUUUUCUUACUUUCUUUCUUUCUUUCUUUCUUUUUCUUACUUUCUUUCUUUCUUUUUCUUUCUUUCUUUCUUUUUCUUUCUUUCUUUUUCUUACGUUCUUUCUUUCUUUCUUUUUCUUUCUUUCUUUUUUCUUCUUUACUUUCUUUCUUUUUUUCUUUUCUUUCUUUUUUUUGCACUUUCUUUCUUCUUUCUUUUUCUUUCUUUCUUUCUUUUCUUGCUUUUCUUUCUUUCUUUUUUUUCUUACUUUCUUUCUUUUCUUACUUUCUUGCUUUUUUUCUUUCUUUCUUUUCUUUUUCUUUCUUUCUUUCUACUUUCUUUCUUUCCUUAUUUUGUUCAUGUUACUUAUUUCUUCAAUCUUUCUUUUCUUUUCUUUCUCUUUCCUUCAUUAAUCCUUUUAUUCUUUUGUUUCUUAUACUCGCCCGUCUGUGUUUUCUUCUUUCCUCUCUCUUUCUUUCUUUCUUUCUUUCUUUCUGUAAUGAGACUGCUCUCAAUUUCUUUCAUCCCAAUCCGUUGUAAGAUCAACGAACCUAAAAUUUUCUUUCUUUCUUUCUUUCUUUCUUUCUUUUUCUUUCUACACUUCAGGCCAUCGAUUUUCUCUUGUUUCUCCCUUUUUUCUUUUAUUCUUUAUUUCGAUCUGCACUUCAGAUCAUCUAUUUCCAUUUGUCUAUCAUUUCUUUCUUUCUUUCUUUCUUGCUUUUUGCUCUUCCGGUUAACAAUUUUCAUUUGCCAUCCUUCUUUUCCUUCUUCCUUCCUUUCUUCCUUUCUUUCUUUUCUUUUCUUUUUUUUCUUCAGAUUUUCUUUUCAUUUGUCUGUCCUUCUUUUUUCCCUUUCUUUCUUUCAAUCUUUUUUCUUUUUUUCUUUCUUUUUCUUUCUUCUUUUUUGCUCUUCCUUAUUUUCAUUUGUCCGUCCUUCUUUUCUUUCCUUCCUUCCUUUCUUUCUUUCUGUCUUUCUUUCUUUCAUUCUUUCUUUCUUUCUUUCUUUCUUUCUUUCUUUCUUUCUUUUUGCUCUUCCGGUCAACUAUUUUCAUUUGUCUGUCCUUCUUUCUUUCCUUCCUUUCUUUCUGUCUUUCUUCCUUUCUUUCUUUCUUGCUUUUUGCUCUUCCGGUCAACUAUUUUCAUUUGUCUGUCCUUCUUUCCUCCAUUUCUUUCUUUCUUUCUUUCUUUCUUUCUUUCUUUCUUUCUUUCUACACUUCCAGUCAUGCAUUUAUCAUUUGUUUAUCCCUUCUUUCUUUCUUUCUUUCUUUCUUUCUUUCUUUUCUUUCUUUCUUUCUACACUUUCGUUUAUUCCGUCCUUUUCUUUGAUUCUUACAUUUCUAUUCUUUCUUUCUUUCUUUCUUUUUUUUCAUUUCGGCUCUCGGCCAUAUCACUUGAUAUUUCCGAUUUCUUUAUCCCUUUCCAUUUUUUAUUUCCUCGUAUUUUGUCGUCUCUUCUCUUCUAUUACCUCUUUUUCUUCCAUUAUUUUUUCUCUUUGUUAUUCAUUCGUUCGUUUCUCUACCUACCAUAUCUAUCAUUAUCUUUCCUCUUCAUUUUUAGUUUCUUUCGGUUUUUUCCGCUUAAAUCCUUCCAUAAUUUUCUUUUUGUCCAAACUUUUUCUCUCCAUUUUCACUUUCUUCCUUUCUUUUCUUCUUUCCUUGCCAGUGAAACAUUCCUUAUUUUUUCUUUCUUUCUUAUAUAUUUCAUUUCAAAACUUUCCGCAUUCCACAUCUAUGUCCUUUCUUUCUUUCAUUCUUUCUUUCUUUCGAUAUUUAAUUUCUCUUUUACAUCCUUUUUUUCUCUCCAUUUGUUCUUAUUCCCUCGUCAAUAAGACGUCCCUUAUUCCAUAUCUGGUCCCUUAUUUAUUUAUUUAUUUAUUUUUCUUUCUUUCUUUCUUUUUGCUAUAUUUCCUUUCGUUCUCAUUCUUUCUUUCUUUCUUUUUCUUUAAUUUUCCUGUCAAUUUUUGCCUUAUUUAUGUCUGUUCUUCUUGCCAAUAA